GGCCGCGCCGAUGCCCCGGUGCAACAGCUUCACACCGGCCGGAUAGGGAUCGAUCCCGGAUACGACACACUCGUAGUGAAGGGCCGGAGAUGGGGGCGGAUCAGUUCCUGAGCAUAUCGGAGGGCGGGCUCGGCGGGGAGGCGGUCUACUGCGCGGUCAUCCUGUGGCUGUCCGUGGUGUCGUGGAUCAUCUUCUCCUGGGUCGGCGGGGACGAGGACGGGAUGAGGAGGGGGAGGAGGCGCCGGGGCAGCCGCGGGAGCCCCGUGUUCGUCGGCGCCGCGGGGAUCUGCGACGGCACGGGGCCAGGGUGCAGCGGCGGCUACGGCAUCUGCGGAACCUGCAUCGACUAGUAGCCUAGCCGUGCCUCUACUAGUAGUUCCUGUGAACAUCAGCGCGCGACGAGCUUGUACAUGUCGUCGUCGAUCGAUGCUCAAGCCCUUGUGUUGUGUUGUGGAGUGGCGUCGAUCGAAUUGGCGUUGCUCUGGAUGCUGACAUGAUCAGAGAAAGAGGCUCCCCUUUGUGAAGGCAAUAAGAGGGAGGCCGGUCUGUUUCGAUCUUUGCUCGGGUUGCAGAAACUGAGUUCUUAGCUUCUCCUUUUGCGUUCCUCAAUCUGCUUGAUAGCUUGAUGCUCUGUAAAUUUCUCCGUGCUCCAUUUCUCUGCAGUUUAAGCUGCAAAAGCACCUACAUAUAUGAGAUAUAAUGUUGAGGUCCA